AAGUACAAGGAGAUUGUUAUGGGGGAGAUUCUGGAUCGUUCUCCAGGAGUCCGUUGGGACGACAUUGCGGGUUUGUCAACCGCCAAGGCGGCUCUAACGGAAGCGGUUAUUCUGCCGGCGUUACGACCCGACCUGUUCCAGGGGUUGCGGGCGCCAGUACGGGGCAUCCUGUUGUACGGCCCCCCGGGCAACGGCAAGACCAUGCUGGCCAAGGCCCUAGCUGCCCAGUCCCAAGCCACCUUCUUCAACAUUUCCGCAUCUUCGCUCACCAGCAAGUGGGUGGGUGACGGUGAGAAAUUGGUUCGCGCGCUUUUCGAGUUGGCUUCGGAGCGGCAACCCUCUAUCAUCUUCAUGGACGAGAUUGACAGCUUGUUGGCAGCGCGGGGGCGGGCGGGAGAGGGCGACGCUGCGCGGCGGCUGCUCACGGAGUUUCUUGUCCAGUUUGACGGGGUGGCGGGCGCGGCGGGGAGAGAGCGGGUGGUGGUGGUGGGUGCAACGAAUCGGCCGCAGGAGCUGGACGAUGCCGUACGGCGGCGCUUGACGAAGCGAAUUUACAUUCCGCUGCCGGAUGCGGAGGGCCGUCGGGCGGUGCUGACCCACUUGCUCAAGGGUCAGCGCGUGAGCCUCACCGACCGGGACGUGGUGGGGCUGGUCAGGUCCACGGAGGGCUACUCCGCCUCCGACCUGGCAGCGCUGUGCAAGGAGGCCGCCAUGGCCCCGCUGAGGGAGCUGGCGCCGGAGAAGCUGGCGUGUGUGGCGGCGAGCGCGCUGAGACCCAUGGGUCGGCCCGACUUCGAGGCGUCGCUGCGGGUGGUGCGGCCGUCCGUGGAUGCGGCGUCGCUGCGCGUGUACGAGGAUUUCACGCGGGCGUACGGCACGCAAUAG